GGCCCGAGUUGCCGUCGGAUUUCAAACUUCAAUGCAUUCAAAAAAUGGAUUUCGAAACGAGAUUUAACCUGCGAUACACUUCCAGCGAAGAGAUGCGCCUCGUGGACUCCCAGAAGAUCUCAUUUGAAUUGAUGAAAAUCAAUUGGAAUUUCAUUUAUUUCGAAGUAACGUUUACUGGAAAGCUAGAAGCUGAUCUACACGUUGACGGGUGGUGCAGUGAACGUAAACUGCUCCCACGUCUUCUCUUCGCUUUAAAAGUUGGAAAAAUUCAACAACUUCACAUCUGGAAUACCACCGAACGGCUUCUAAACGAAACACUUUCUCCAUUUACGGGAUCGAUUUCAUUGAAUGUCAAAAACCUUCAUCUCGGCUUGGAGAGCAACAACGAUAUUCUAUUCUUUUUGGAAAAAUGUGACAAGAAACAACUGAAUACUAUUGAAACUGACCAAAGGGACAACGAUAUGAUAUGAAAGAAAUGAAUAUGAUAUGAAUGAUAUGAAAGAGCUUGUCGAAGCAUUAAUUGUCUCCAACUACAAAAAUGUGGCUUUCUCUAAAUGGUACUAUCCCGUCAACCCAGAAAAUAUGGAUUUACUCGUGAACUAUCAGAUUGAGAGUUUGAUUUCGAAUAAUGCAACAAUUGGAAUAAAUUAUCGAUUCAAAAAAUGGGAUGCCGAUCAAUGUAUGGAUAUGAUGAGCACAAAUUUCAAAGAUCGUGUUGUCCAUUUCAAGAAAAACGACGAAUUGAGACUUCAAACUAAUAAUCCUGCCAAACACAUUCUUCUCACAAAAUGCGAUCGAUAUUCAAAGGCGUGGGGAAUUUUGUGUCAAGUCAUUCCUUCGGAUCUUCACGAAACUGGAUUUGUUGCCGUGUGGCCAGGCUGGAAUGAUAACGACCCCGAUGCGGAUAGAGAGCCGAUCAGAAAUUAUGAUGAAUGGGAUGACUGUAAAAUGGGCGAACCGGAGUACGAAACGAAUUGGUGUGAUUUGCCGCCGGAAUUCAAACUUCAAUGCAUUCAAAAAAUGGAUUUCGAGACGAGAUUCAACCUCCGCUACACUGCCAGUGAAGAAAAAAAUCUCGUGGGCUCUGAGAAGCUUCACUUUUAUCAAGUAUAUUUCGAAAUCUUAGGAUAUUCGAAAAGUCUUGUAGCUACAUUUCUUGACAAGGAGAAUGCUCAAUUGGAUGUGUGCGACACCGAAUCUGUUGUCAAAAGCCAUGUUAUUCCACGUCUUCUCUAUGCUGUCAAUGUCGGAACCAUGCAGAAGCUCUACAUCCAAACAGACUCAGACAAAGGAAUCAACGAAGUGCUCGCCCCGUUAUAG